AAAAUGCAAUUAUUGCGUGGAUUUCCGAGUGAAAAUGGAUGAUAUUUUAUAACAGUAAUGUCAACUGUGAGGGUAGCGGUCAGGGUUCGCCCCCUUAGUGGCAGGGAGACAGACAAGAAAGCGUACUCCAUAGUGACCGCAAGUGGAGAUAAUAUCAGCAUCAACAAUGUCAAGCUGGAAGGUGUGCCGGAGUAUGGGGAUAGUCGAGAGCGAGUCAAGCACUUCACAUUUGAUUACUGCUAUGAUUCCAUGGGAGACUCGCAACAACAGGGAUAUGCCUCACAGGAAGUGGUGUACCAAGAUCUGGGAACAGAGGUGCUGCAGGCUGCCUUGGAAGGAUACAAUGCCUGUCUGUUUGCGUAUGGCCAGACAGGAACAGGCAAGACAUACACAAUGAUGGGAAACUUGAGUGAAGAAGGAGUGAUACCCAGGAUAGGAGAUGGGCUGUUCAGUCACAUACAUGUGCUUGGGGAGAACAAUGAGCACAGAAAUAGCCACAGAGUGGAUGUCAGCUACCUUGAGAUCUACAAUGAACGGGUGCGAGACCUGCUGACCCCACCAGCCAUGGGACAGAGUGAGCGGCACACCCUCAAGGUCAGGGAGCACCCCAAGGAAGGACCAUAUGUGGAGGAUCUGUCACGGCAUGCAGUAAUGGACGAUGAGACCUUUCAGAGUUUACUGGCAAGAGGCAAUGAGAACCGGACGACAGCAGCCACCCACAUGCAUGAACACAGCAGCCGCAGCCAUGCCAUCCUCACAAUUGUUUAUACCCAGGACAAGCUGGAGGAUGGCCUGCCUCAUGAGAUCAUCAGCAAGAUCCACCUUGUGGACCUCGCAGGAAGUGAGAGAGCUAAUCCAUCGUACAGUUCCGAGAACAGAGUUCAACUGAAAGAAGGCGGAAACAUCAACAAGUCACUAGUCACACUGGGCAAUGUCAUCAAGAGUCUCGCUGAGAAGUCCCUGUUGUCGUGGAGCCUUGACAACAUGGGGUCCUCCCAGAGUUUCCAAAGUAUGAGUGGUGGUGAAAGCAUGUCCAGCCUGCCGUCCAGUCCCCGGAGACAGCGCUCACUCUACAUCCCAUACAGGGACUCCAUCCUCACCUGGCUGCUGAAGGACAGUCUGGGGGGCAACUCCAAGACCAUCAUGAUCGCCACCAUAUCUCCAGCAAGUAUUUACUACAAUGAGACAAUCAGCACAUUGCGCUAUGCACAGAGGGCCAAGAGCAUCGUCAAUAAGCCGAAAGUGAAUGAGGACCCUAAUGUGGCCACUAUUCGUGAGCUGCGGAAUGAGAUCACUAUGCUGAAGGAGAUGAUUGAGGCGUCACAGCUGGUUGACUCGACUCUAUCCGACAGACUUAAGCAGGACCAAUCCCUGGUAAACAAGUUGACUGAGGAAGUGCAGAACAAGUGGAAGACAGCCCACGCCAUCAUGCAGGACACUGACAUCAAUAUCAGCAGCUUGGGGCGCCGGGCCAGCUCCUCCGGGGUGGAGAUAGAUUCCCAGGUCCCCUACUUCAUUGGCUUAGACUACGACAUCCGCAGAACAGGCAUCAAGAUCUACAACAUUAAGGAAGGAAGUACACACAUUGGGAGUAAAUGUUCCUUGACAGAUCAGGAGACAAUUGUUCUUAAUGGACCUGACAUCAAGGCUGAGCACUGUGUUCUUAAGAACUGGAAAGGGACGGUGACCAUCAUACCUCGUCAUGGUGCAUUUUUAACUGUUAAUGGAAUUGAAGCUGUUGCCUCAAAGGUGCUAGCACAGGGUGACAUUGUGUUCUUGGGCAGGACACAGAUGUUCCGUUACAUCAACCCGAUUCAGGCAGCCAGUAUGAAUGAAGGUAGCAUGGACAGUGUUCCUGAUCAUCAGUCAGCAAUGCAGCAUCUGUGGUACCGACCAAGGGCACCAGCAGGGGGAACUGGAUGCGUGGAGGUGGAGCGGACAUGCCACACGGAGCAGGAGCAAGUGGAUCAGGCACAGAAAGAACUGGAGAAGCUGACGACGACACUUGAAAGACAGAAGGCAGCAAAUGAGGAGUCUGAGGAACAGUUUUUGACAGCCCGUUAUGAGAAGAUGGCCGAGAUGAAGCGAGAGAAGGAGGAGCUUGAGGAGCAGAUGAAGCAGAAGCAGAAGGACUGGGACCAGGAGAAGUCUCGAGUCCAGGAAGACCUCCACAACAUACGUCAGCAGAAGAGAGAUCUUGAGGAAAGACUUCAAGAUGAACUAAAGAUUGUGUUGGAAGGAAAAGACAAACACGCCACCGAUGCCUCAACUGGAUCAGACAGCAGUGAAGACUUGCCAGUGAAAGGAGAAGAUGGUAAAGAGAUUAAACACCAUAAGAAAUCUGUAGAAGGACAAUUAAAAUAUUUGGUUGAGAAGGAGCUUUUGACCGAAAUAGAUCAACGUCAAAAGCUGAAAGAGCUUGAGACCCAAACAGAGGAGCUGAAGGCCAGGCAUGACAAGUUACUGUCUGAGCUUAACCACAAGCAGCAGGAGGUGGAGCAGCAAGAGGAACACAUCAUAAAGGAUGUUGACCAUUACAAGGACAUUGUCAACAAGGAUAUGGAGGUCAGGAAACUGGAGACUGAGAAAGAGCAGCUGCAAUUUUUUAUUCAGGAAAAGAAGGACCUUAUGCAUGUCAAGUCAGACACUCCGAAAACUCUCAAGGUUGGAAUUAGUCUUGAGAAAUUACCCAUCUCUCAUCAGUCGUCCUCUACUGAGCCGUCUUCAAGAAGCACAAGCCUGUGGUCACUGUCAGAAAAGCCCCAAAUUAAGAAAAAGUAUUUAUUGCAAAAGCCAUCAGAUUCUCAGAGUGCUACACCUACAGGCAGCCAGGAAUCCUUGAAUUCUCAGACUUCUGCUUCUUCUGAAAAUGUGUCUGGCCUGGCAAGAUCUAAUAGUAAAAAGAAGGGCUUGUCUAACAAUGUCCGCUCUAUUGUGAAUAGAUUAUAUACACCCCAACCCCAUAAAAAAUUUGACUUUUUGAAGAAGGGAGAUCGAUCGUCUUCUCCAUUAUCUUCACCCUCACAGUCAACAGAGCGACUAGACCACUCAAGUAAGGACACUGUGCCAAAACAUCAGUUUCUGCAGAAAGGCCAUGGUGUACGUUUGUCUCGUUCUCCUACUUCCAGCCCUAGAAGAACAAAGAGAUCAAAGACUGAACCGCAUGAGAAACAUCAGUUCUUAAAGAAAGGUAAUGGACAACGAGCCAGCUCAUCCCCACCCCAACCACAUAAACAUUCUCAUGCAGGUUCAGAACCUCUUAAGCAGAAGCAUGCUAAGUGUCCCAAGCCAAGUGGUAAGGUGCCCAGACAAGAUCAGGUUAAGAACACUGCUUCCCUUCUGCAUCCUGAAGAUGCCGCAUUGCAAACUCCUUUAGGGCCCUUGGACCCAUUGCCAUUACGAAAUAGACCUUUAUCACGCUGUGUUUCACGGGCAUCAAGUUUGCCUAAAGUGCCGGAAGCAGUGGGUGAGGAAACGGAAACAGCAGACAGUCAAAUGCGCUCUGCACCUAAUGUUACCAUUGAUACAAGUAAGGUGGUUUUGCGGAAGAAGAAGUCACGGAGAUGGGAACGACCAAACUCAAUGCCAGUUGGGAUUGAGAUAGAUAAGAUAUUGGCUGAGCUUGGUAAUGGAAACAGAUACACUACAAACAAUGACACUGAAAGUGAGUCUGGAAAUACAUUGAGUGUGGAUGAUAACCUCGAUCAUACAGUGAGGCCCUACAGGAGCACUUCCCCAUUAGCUGAUAAUGCAUCAGAGGAACACAGUGACAGUACAGGCACAGAUGUUACUGUGCUUGAUGGACAUGGGCCAAUGGUUUCAUCACUUGACUCAUGCCCUGAGAUUAUAGAAAGUGUGUGUUCCAACCCAGGUGAUACUAGUCCCAAUAAUGCAGCAGAAAACUCUUUAGGAAUAGAAGACACAUGUGAUAAUGCAGUGCCUGGGGAGCAUAUGCCAGAAACCAGUGUUCCAAGUGAGUGUGUUGAUGAUAGUGACAAGACUGAUGGUGAUAAAGGAGAUAGUUUCUCAGAUUCUCUGGAUGAUGAUAAUCACCCUAAAGACAAUUGUUCAAUGCCAGAAGGUGACACUGUUGCAAGACCACAGCAAGUGAGGUUAGGCAGUGUUCCAGAUGCACUUGGUGUGGAUGGUGAGGACAGUGGGGCACCCUUGGAUACUGGGUGUGGAGUUGUCAAGGAUACUGAGGAUACUCUGAAGGUGGCACCAGAGGAGGACCAUAGUCAGUUGUCUGAAGAAUCCAUGACUGAUGCUGAUAGGCUGGAGAAGCUCCAGAAAGCUUUACAGCACCUACAACGAGGUUCCGUGGGAGCUUCCAGUGGCAAUGGACGCAGGAGCAAACGACCUUGUCAAAGACCUAAAGCUGGUGAUUCCGACAGUCAAGACCAACUGUCAGAUGACUCACUCGGAGGAUCAGCUAAUCACUCAAGACAGUCCUCCAGACCUGGCUCCGGCACCAGACGCAGAAGACGCCCCGUGUCAAAGCACAAAGGGAGACACCAUAGUUCAGAUGAAUAUCAAAGUUCAGACACUGAUGGUGUCUAUUCUGAUGAUUCACUCACUCAAUCAGAUGGGAAGCAACUCACUCACCCAGAGGAAAAUCAAGAGACUUUAGAAGAAUUCUCAAACUUUACAAAUUCCAUGGACCAGUUGACGGCUGGCUUGGGUUCAGUAGACAAUGCUGGAUCUCAUCAGCAUGACAUGCCUGCAUUGGACUUAGGAACUGUCAUGCGGAGAUUUUCUCAGUCCCCAGCAGAUGAAGUUUUGUUUCAAGGACUUGGUGACAACUCAGUAUUGGAGAAAGGAAGAAGUGACACAGACAAUGCCAGGGGUGUCCCAGGCCAGAGUGAUGGCAGCAUGUCAAAUGAUUUCACUCAGACUGAGGGGGCCAGUGUACAGAUGAGGAGGUCUCCUGUCAAUAUGUGGAGCUCAGAGGAAGGAGAUUCUCUCUCACCAGUACCCUCUUCUGUACCAUCGGAACAGCUAUAUACUAAAAGUACGAGAGUUGCCACCAAGAGAUCUAACUUGACUGUUACACCCACUGUAGUGUGGGCAAAUGAUGAACAAUCCAAGAACACAAAAGAUUCAUGUGAGGAGCCUUCAUUGGAAUCUAAAACUGUACAAAAUGGUGAAAGUGAAAAUCCAGUUACUAGAGUCAGUCGUGAUUCUACAACUAAGAGUAGAAAUGACAAUUCAAGAAGUACAAUCAAAUAUGAAGUCACUAUCAAUGAAGAUAAGACAGACAUUAGUUACAAUGUUGAAAAAACUGAAUACAGAACAUAUGGAUUAAAACCAAAAGCCAUUGCUGGUGGGCAGGUAGAAACUGCUGCAACUUUUAUCCCAGAUAGUAUCAAUAUCAACUUGACAGAGACUAAAACAUUCCAAACAGAAGACCGGUUUGAGUCAGUCACCAAAGAAAAAGUGUUGUUGCAAAAGGGAAAUGGUAAUCGUGACACAGGUGUGAUUGUAACAGAGAAAAUGUAUGAGUCCAAUCAUUCAUUAGAGUGUGAGGAUGUUCUACAAGACUCCAGUGUUAGCAGGGAAAGCUCUGUUGAGCGGCAGAUUGUGGAAGAGGACUUCAAUUCUGCUGCUUAUGUCUAUGAGGGAGAUUCAGUGCUUGGGCAAAUAGAGCAUGAAGCUGAAGGGACUGUGUGUUCAAAGAAUGUUGUAAGCCCUGUGAACAUUCCAACUGCUGUCUCCAAAGAAAGUGGGAUGACAAACAUAGGAGAUGGAGUCCCCGAAAGUCACAUGAUUUCUGGAAGCAAUCCCCAAAGCCUAACUGGGUGUGGUGAUAAUUGUGAACUAGAUAGGGACUAUUCUGAUGAACCCUGUGAGAUGAGUGACGAUAGUUUAGAAGGAGUAUCUGAUUCUUCUGGAGAACAGAAAACAACACUUCUGCUUAAUCCACAACAUUCUGGAAGACCUGUGUCCGAAGUCAGUGGCAUCAGUGAUGGUUCUCAAAGCAACCCAAGUCAGCGGGGAACAUUAAGUACAGACAAUCACAGAGAACUUCCUCAGUGGCAGACAGAAACUGUGCAAGUGGGGCAGGUUGAGCCCUUUCACAUCAACCAGAAUGCUGAGGAUGCAGAUCUUAACCUGAAAGGUAGAUCUAAUUCCCCAUGGGUUGUUAUAGGAAAGGCUACCACAGAAUACAUUGUUGAUGAUGUCAAUAAGGAUGUGGCAACUUACUCAACAGAACCUAGGGCUGAUUUGCAUCUUGUAGAACAAAAUGCUGUCUCCCCAAGUACAGAAAGCACAAUCCAUGUUCAAGAGAACAAAACAUCAUUUCCUGAAACCAUCAAACAGUCAUUUGUCAAUUCAGACUUUGGGAAUUCAGAAGCUCUGUAUUUUGCUGAUGGCCAGGGUGUUCUAGCUGGUAUGAGUGGCAUGACACUGCCCUAUGUUAGUGAUGACACACUUGGAAGAGAUGAACCCAUCAAGUCUUCUGAUGAGACAAAGGUUACAGAUGAAAUGGGUUCAGUACAGUCUUUGCCUUGCAUAGAUAGAGCUUCAACAACAUUCCUACAUGACAUACCAGAAGAAAGGUCAGAUGAUGAACAAGCUAAGACCAAACAUGUACCUGAGAGUGAUAGAAAGGACAAUACAAAAGCUAUAAAUAGCUCUGUCAUAGUGGAGUUGUCUCAAGAAGAUUCUGAAAAAGUACCUGUGACUUCCUCUGAUCUGGAUUUGGAAGAUAAUAGUAUAGGAGACAGAAGUCACAGUAGAGCUGAUGUGCCUUCACAACCUCAGGAAAUGUCCCUAAGAGAUGGCACCUUACAUUCUGAGAGUACUGAACAAAACUUUACUUCUUCUGGUGAACAAAGUCCUAACAGUGUAUUAUUAAAAAUGGAGUUUGAAAAGAGUACCAAGGAAGAUCAAAGAGACUUAGAAUGGAAUGCAGACUUGAAUAGGUCCUCUCAUGAGUCUGAAAGUGUUCCUGUAGAGCAGCAUAGUUUACAUCGUGGUGAAAUGGCUCAAGGUCCCAAGGCUGAUGGUUCUCAGAUACCAAGCACAGAUGACUUCAAACAAUCAUCAGCAUCUUUUAUGCCCCAAACUCCAUGUGAUAUGAAUGUUAAUCAAGGACAACAGUUAAGAAAAGCAGAAAACCUGGCACCUGAAAGUAAUGUUUCCAUACAAGUAAUUGAAGCAUCAGGCAGUGAAUGCAGUGUGAAUGUGUCUGAUGAAACUGUUUCUAAUGAUGAAAGAGAAGCGAGGAACCAAAUAAAUAGUGGUGUGCCAACAUCAGCACAUCAAAACAUAACGGAAUAUGGUCAAGUAUCUGGCAUCAUACUUGAAACAGAUCACAUCAUUGAUGAUUCUGAAAGUGAUAAUCCAAUUUGUGGACAUUAUUCAACAGCAACCAAAGAGAUAGAAAUUGUUGCAUCAGACAAUCACAUUCUACCAGACAGUUCACCUGGCAGUAGUGACAUAGAUCUUUGUGAUGGACAUGUACACCAUGAAGUGAUCAGGGAGAGUCCAACAGAAGACCAAAUGGGUAACCAACAUCAGCAAGGUCAUGUUUUGCCAGACAGAACAACCACCAAAAUGUCUGAAGGUCACAGUGAGGACACUCAAACAAUGGAUUUGUAUGUAUCUGGUGAUCAGAGAAGCAGGCAACUUGGUGUUGAGAAGGAAGCUGGUGCUCUCAGAGAAGACACACAAACAGGUAAUGAACUCAUACCUGAUGAUAACAGGAAGGUUCCUGCAGAUUUUGACAAGAAGGAAUCUGAUAACUACAGGAAAGACACACAGAUGAUUGACGCACAAGCAGAUGCUGUACAUGUUUCUGAUGAAGACAGGAAAUCAUCAGCAGAUGUUGACCAGAAGAAAGCUGAUGAUUACAGGGAAGACACACAGAUGACUGACGCACAAGCAGAUGCUGUACAUGUUUCUGAUGAAGACAGGAAAUCAGCAGAUGUUGACCAGAAGAAAGCUGGUGAUUACAAGGAAGUCACACAGAUGAUUGAUGCACAAGCAGAUGCUGUACAUGUUUCUGAUGAAGACAGGAAAUCAUCAGCAGAUGUUGACCAGAAGAAAGCUGAUGAUUACAGGGAAGACACACAGAUGAUUGACGCACAAGCAGAUGCUGUACAUGUUUCUGAUGAAGACAGGAAAUCAUCAGCAGAUGUUGACCAGAAGAAAGCUGAUGAUUACAGGGAAGACACACAGAUGAUUGACGCACAAGCAGAUGCUGUACAUGUUUCUGAUGAAGACAGGAAAUCAGCAGCUAUUGACCAGAAGAAAGCUGAUGAUUACAAGGAAGUCACACAAAUGAUUGACACACAAGCAGAUGUUGUACAUGUUUCUGAUGAAGACAGGAAAUCAUCAGCAGAUGUUGACCAGAAGGAAGCUGAUGCUCAUCAAGGAGCCAAACAAACAUCCUCUGUAUCUGUAACUGAUGAUGACAGGAAAGCAUCUGCAGAUGUUGACCAGAAGGAGGCUGAUGAUUACAGGGAACACACAGAGACAGUUGACCUGUUCAUAUCUGAUGAUCAAAGAAUUGGGCAACAGAAUGUUGAACAGAAGGAAGCUGAUGCUCAUCAAGAAGCCAAACAAACAUCUUCUGUACACAUAUCUGAUGGUGAUGGGAAAGUUCCUGAAGAUGUUGGGCAGGAGGUAACUGAUAAUAGCAGAGAAGACACACAAACAGUUGAUCUGUUCAUAUGUAAGGAUCUGAGAAGCAGGCUGCAGGAUGUUGAGAAAGAAGCUAAUGUUCACAGAGAAGACAGACAAACAGUUCAUGUACUCAAACCCCAUGACAGGAAAGCAUCUCCAGGUGUUGAUCAAAAGGAAACUGAUGAUUACGUGGAACAACAGAUGAUUGACACACAAACAUGUGCUGUGCACGUUUCUGAUGAAGACAGGAAAUCAUCUGCAGAUGUUGACCAAAAGGAAGCUGACCCUGAGAGAGAAGACACACAAACAGCUAAUGUAUAUGUACCUGAUGAAGACAGGGAAGCCUAUCCAGGAAAUGAUGAGAAAAUAACUGCUGGUUACAGGGACGACACACAAACAAGUGAUUUCUUCAUACCUGAUGAUCGCAGAAGUAGGCAACAGAAUGUUACCAAAAAGGAAGCUGAAACUCGACAGGAAGCCAAACAAACAGCUGAUGUACUUGUUGACCAGAAGGUAACUGAUGGUUUCAGGGAAGAAACGGAGACAACUGAUUUGAUCAAAUCUGAUGUUCACAGAAUUAGGCAACUGAAUCUUGUGGAGAAGACAGCUGGUGCUUACCAAGAAGACACAGAAACGCCUUAUGUACACAUACCUGGUGAAAACUGGAAUGUAUCUGGAGAUGUUGACCAGAAGGAAGCUGAAGAUUACAGGAAGAACACAGACACUAUUGAUUUGUUCAAAUCUGAUGAUCAAAGAAUUGGGCAACAGGAUGUUGAAGAGAAGGACGCUGAUACUCAAGAAGCCAAACAAACAUCUGAAGAUGUUGACCAGAUGGAAGCUGAUGAAUACAGGGAAGUCACAGAGUCACUUGAUUUGUUCCUAUCUGAUUAUCGUAGAAGUUGGCAACAGGGUGUUAAGAAGAAACCUGAUACUCAGCAAGACACCACACGAGCUGCGAAUGUACUUGUAUCUGAUGAUGACAAGAAUGCACCUCCAGAUGUUGCCCUGAAGGAAGCUGAUGAUUACAGGGAAGACACAGAGACAGUUGAUUUCUUUAUAUCCGAUGAUCAAAGAAUUAGGCAACAGCAUGUCCAAGAGAAGGAAGCUGAAUCUCAUCAAGGAGGCAAACAAACAUCUUCUGUACAUAUAACUGAUGAUGACGGGGAAGCAUUUGCAGAUGUUGACCAGAAGGAGGCUAAUAAAUACAGGGAAGACACAGAGACAGUUGACCUGUUCAUAUCUGAUGAUCAAAGAAUUGGGCAACAGCAUGUCCAAGAGAAAGAAGCUGAAUCUCAUCAAGGAGCAAAACAAACAUCCUCUGUACCUGUAACUGAUGAUGACAGGAAAGCAUCUGCAGAUGUUGAUCAGAAGGAAACUGAUGAUUACAGGGAACACACAGAGACGGUUGACCUGUUCAUAUCUGAUGAUCAAAGAAUAGGGCAACAAAAUGUUGAAGAGAAGGAAGCAUCUGCAGAUGUUGUCCAGAAGGAACCUGAUGAAUACAGGGAACACACAGAGACAGUUGACCUGUUCAUAUCUGAUGAUCAAAGAAUAGGGCAACAAAAUGUUGAAGAGAAGGAAGCUGCUUCUCAUCAUGAAGCCAAACAAACAUCUUCUGUACCUGUAACUGAUGACAGGAAAGCAUCGUCCCUUGUUGAAGAGAAGGAAGCUGAUGCUCAUCAAGGAGGCAAACAAAUAUCCUCUGUACCUGUAACUGAUGAUGGCAGAAAAGCAUCGUCCCUUGUUGACCAGAAGGAAGCUGAUGAUUACAGGGAACACACAGAGACAGUUGACCUGUUCAUAUCUGAUGAUCAAAGAAUUGGGCAACAUAAUGUUGAAGAGAAGGACGCUGAUUCUCAUCAAGGAGGCAAACAAACAUCCUCUGUACCUGUAAGUAUUGAUGACAGGAAACCAUCUGCAGAUGUUGGCCAGAAGGAGGCUGAUGAUUACAGGGAACACACAGAGACAGUUGACCUGUUCAUAUCUGAUGAUCAAAGAAUUGGGCAACAGCAUGUCCAAGAGAAGGAAGCUGAUUUUCAUCAAGGAGGCAAACAUACAUCUUCUUUACCUGUAACUGAUGAUGACAGGAGAGCAUCUGCAGAUGUUGACCAGAAGGAGGCUGAUGAUUACAGGGAACACACAGAGACAGUUGACCUGAUCAUAUCUGAUGAUCAAAGAAUUGGGCAACAGAAUGUUGAAGAGAAGGAAGCUGUUUCUCAUCAAGGAGGCAAACAAACAUCUUUUGUACCUGUAACUGAUGAUGACAGGAAAGCAUCGUCCCUUGUUGACCAGAAGGAAGCUGAUGAUUACAGGGAACACACAGAGACAGUUGACCUGUUCAUAUCUGAUGAUCAAAGAAUUGGGCAACAAAAUGUUGAAGAGAAGGAAGCUGAUCCUCAUCAAGGAGGCAAACAAACAUCCUCUGUACCUAUAACUGAUGAUGACAGGAAAGCAUCUGCAGAUGUUGGCCAGAAGGAGGCUGAAGAUUACAGGGAACACACAGAGACGGUUGACUUGUUCAUAUCUGAUGAUCAAAGAAUUGGGCAACAGCAUGUCCAAGAGAAAGAAGCUGAAUCUCAUCAAGGAGCAAAACAAACAUCCUCUGUACCUGUAAGUGAUGAUGACAGGAAAGCAUCUGCAGAUGUUGACCAGAAGGAAGCUGAUGAUUACAGGGAACACACAGAGACGGUUGACCUGUUCAUAUCCGAUGAUCAAAGAAUUGGGCAACAGCAUGUCCAAGAGAAGGAAGCUGAUUUUCAUCAAGGAGACAAACAAACAUCUUCUGUACCUGUACCUGAUGAUGACAGGAAAGCAUCUGCAGAUGUUGACCAGAAGGAGGCUGAUGAUUACAGGGAACACACAGAGACAGUCGACCUGUUCAUAUCUGAUGAUCAAAGAAUUGGGCAACAGCAUGUCCAAGAGAAAGAAGCUGAAUCCCAUCAAGGAGCAAAACAAACAUCCUCUGUACCUGUAACUGAUGAUGACAGGAAAGCAUCUGCAGAUGUUGACCAGAAGGAAGCUGAUGAUUACAGGGAACACACAGAGACAGUUGACCUGUUCAUAUCUGAUGAUCAAAGAAUUGGGCAACAAAAUGUUGAAGAGAAGGAAGCUGAUCCUCAUCAAGGAGGCAAACAAACAUCUUUUGUACCUGUAACUGAUGAUGACAGGAAAGCAUCUGCAGAUGUUGGCCAGAAGGAGGCUGAAGAUUACAGGGAACACACAGAGACGGUUGACUUGUUCAUAUCUGAUGAUCAAAGAAUUGGGCAACAGCAUGUCCAAGAGAAAGAAGCUGAAUCUCAUCAAGGAGCAAAACAAACAUCCUCUGUACCUGUAAGUGAUGAUGACAGGAAAGCAUCUGCAGAUGUUGACCAGAAGGAAGCUGAUGAUUACAGGGAACACACAGAGACGGUUGACCUGUUCAUAUCCGAUGAUCAAAGAAUUGGGCAACAGCAUGUCCAAGAGAAGGAAGCUGAUUUUCAUCAAGGAGACAAACAAACAUCUUCUGUACCUGUACCUGAUGAUGACAGGAAAGCAUCUGCAGAUGUUGACCAGAAGGAGGCUGAUGAUUACAGGGAACACACAGAGACAGUUGACCUGUUCAUAUCUGAUGAUCAAAGAAUUGGGCAACAGCAUGUCCAAGAGAAAGAAGCUGAAUCCCAUCAAGGAGCAAAACAAACAUCCUCUGUACCUGUAACUGAUGAUGACAGGAAAGCAUCUGCAGAUGUUGACCAGAAGGAAGCUGAUGAUUACAGGGAACACACAGAGACAGUUGACCUGUUCAUAUCUAAUGAUCAAAGAAUUGGGCUACAGCAUGUUGAAGAGAAGGAAGCUGUUGCUCAUCAAGGAGCCAAACAAACAUCUUUUGUACCUGUAACUGAUGAUGACAGGAAAGCAUCUACCCUUGUUGACCAGAAGGAAGCUGAAGAUUACAGGGAACACACAGAGACAGUUGAUUUCUUUAUAUCCGAUGAUCAAAGAAUUAGGCAACAGCAUGUCCAAGAGAAGGAAGCUGAUUCUCUCCAAGGAGCCAAACAAACAUCUUUUGUACCUAUAACUGAUGACGACAGGAAAGCGGCUGCAGAUGGUGACCAGAAGGAAGCUGAUGAUUACAGGGAACACACAGAGACAGUUGAUUUCUUUAUAUCCGAUGAUCAAAGAAUUUGGCAACAGUAUGUCCAAGAGAAAGAAGCUGAUUCUCAUCAAGGAGGCAAACAAACAUCCUCUGUACCUGUAACUGAUGAUGACAGGAAAGCAUCUACCCUUGUUGGCCAGAAGGAAGCUGAUGAUAACAGGGAACACACAGAGACAGUUGACCUGUUCAUAUCCGAUGAUCAAAGAAUGGGGCAACAGCAUGUCCAAGAGAAAGAAGCUGAAUCUCAUCAAGGAGCAAAACAAACAUCCUCUGUACCUGUAACUGAUGAUGACAGGAAAGCGUCUGCAGAUGUUGACCAGAAGGAAGCUGAUGAUUACAGGGAACACACAGAGACAGUUGACCUGUUCAUAUCCGAUGAUCAAAGAAUUGGGCAACAGCAUGUCCAAGAGAAGGAAGCUGAUUUUCAUCAAGGAGUCAAACAAACAUCAUCUGUACCUGUACCUGAUGAUGACAGGAAAGCAUCUGCAGAUGUUGACCAGAAGGAGGCUGAUGAUUACAGGGAACACAUAGAGAGGGUUGACCUGUUCAUAUCUGAUGAUCAAAGAAUUGGGCAACAAAAUGUUGAAGAGAAGGAAGCUGAUGCUCAUCAAGGAGGCAAACAAACAUCCUCUGUACCUAUAACUGAUGAUGACAUGAAAGCAUCUGCAGAUGUUGGCCAGAAGGAGGCUGAAGAUUACAGGGAACACACAGAGACAGUUGACUUGUUCAUAUCUGAUGAUCAAAGAAUUGGGCAACAGCAUGUUGAAGAGAAGGAAGCUGAUGCUCAUCAAGGAGGCAAACAAACAUCCUCUGUACCUAUAACUGAUGAUGACAUGAAAGCAUCUGCAGAUGUUGGCCAGAAGGAGGCUGAAGAUUACAGGGAACACACAGAGACGGUUGACUUGUUCAUAUCUGAUGAUCAAAGAAUUGGGCUACAGCAUGUCCAAGAGAAAGAAGCUGAAUCUCAUCAAGGAGUCAAACAAACAUCUUCUGUACCUGUACCUGAUGAUGACAGGAAAGCAUCUGCAGAUGUUGACCAGAAGGAAGCUGAUGAUUACAGGGAACACACAGAGACAGUUGACCUGUUCAUAUCUAAUGAUCAAAGAAUUGGGCUACAGCAUGUUGAAGAGAAGGAAGCUGUUGCUCAUCAAGGAGGCAAACAAACAUCUUUUGUACCUGUAACUGAUGAUGACAGGAAAGCAUCUACCCUUGUUAGCCAGAAGGAGGCUGAUGAUUACAGGGAACACACAGAGACAGUUGACCUGUUCAUAUCUGAUGAUCAAAGAAUGGGGCAACAGCAUGUCCAAGAGAAAGAAGCUGAAUCUCAUCAAGGAGCAAAACAAACAUCCUCUGUACCUGUACCUGAUGAUGACAGGAAAGCAUCUGCAGAUGUUGACCAGAAGGAAGCUGAUGAUUACAGGGAACACACAGAGACAGUUGACCUGUUCAUAUCCGAUGAUCAAAGAAUUGGGCAACAGCAUGUCCAAGAGAAAGAAGCUGAAUCUCAUCAAGGAGCAAAACAAACAUCCUCUGUACCUGUAAGUAUUGAUGACAGGAAAGCAUCUGCAGAUGUUGACCAGAAGGAAGCUGAUGAUUACAGGGAACACACAGAGACAGUUGACCUGUUCAUAUCUGAUGAUCAAAGAAUUGGGCUACAGCAUGUUGAAGAGAAGGAAGCUGUUGCUCAUCAAGGAGGCAAACAAACAUAUUUUGUACCUGUAACUGAUGAUGACAGGAAAGCAUCUACCCUUGUUGGCCAGAAGGAAGCUGAUGAUUACAGGGAACACACAGAGACAGUUGAUUUCUUUAUAUCCGAUGAUCAAAGAAUUAGGCAACAGCAUGUCCAAGAGAAGGAAGCUGAUUCCCUCCAAGGAGCCAAACAAACAUCUUUUGUACCUAUAACUGAUGAUGACAGGAAAGCAGCUGCAGAUUGUGACCAGAAGGAAGCUGAUGAUUACAGGGAACACACAGAGACAGUUGAUUUCUUUAUAUCCGAUGAUCAAAGAAUUGGGCAACAGCAUGUCCAAGAGAAAGAAGCUGAUUCUCAUCAAGGAGGCAAACAAACAUCUUUUGUACCUGUAACUGAUGAAGACAGGAAAGCAUCUACCCUUGUUGGCCAGAAGGAAGCUGAUGAUUACAGGGAACACACAGAGACAGUUGACCUGUUCAUAUCUGAUAAUCAAAGAAUUGGGCAACAGCAUGUUCAAGAGAAAGAAGCUGAAUCUCAUCAAGGAGCAAAACAAACAUCCUCUGUACCUGUACCUGAUGAUGACAGGAAAGCAUCUGCAGAUGUUGACCAGAAGGAAGCUGAUGAUUACAGGGAACACACAGAGACAGUUGACCUGUUCAUAUCUAAUGAUCAAAGAAUUGGGCUACAGCAUGUUGAAGAGAAGGAAGCUGUUGCUCAUCAAGGAGGCAAACAAACAUCUUUUGUACCUGUAACUGAUGAUGACAGGAAAGCAUCUACCCUUGUUGGCCAGAAGGAAGCUGAUGAUUACAGGGAACACACAGAGACAGUUGAUUUCUUUAUAUCCGAUGAUCAAAGAAUUAGGCAACAGCAUGUCCAAGAGAAGGAAGCUGAUUCUCUCCAAGGAGCCAAACAAACAUCUUUUUUACCUGUAACUGAUGACGACAGGAAAGCAGCUGCAGAUUGUGACCAGAAGGAAGCUGAUGAUUACAGGGAACACACAGAGACAGUUGAUUUCUUUAUAUCCGAUGAUCAAAGAAUUUGGCAACAGUAUGUCCAAGAGAAAGAAGCUGAUUCUCAUCAAGGAGGCAAACAAACAUCUUUUGUACCUGUAACUGAUGACGACAGGAAAGCAUCUACCCUUGUCGGCCAGAAGGAAGCUGAUGAUUACAGGGAACACACAGAGACAGUUGACCUGAUCAUAUCUGAUAAUCAAAGAAUCGGGCCACAGAAUGUUGAAGAGAAGGAAGCUGAUUCACAUCAAGGAGGCAAACAAACAUCCUCUGUACUUGUUACUGAUAACAACAGGAAAGCAUCUGCAGAUGUUGACCAGAAGGAAGCUGAUGAUUACAGGGAACACACAGAGACAGUUGACCUGAUCAUAUCUGAUAAUCAAAGAAUCGGGCCACAGAAUGUUGAAGAGAAGGAAGCUGAUUUUCAUCAAGGAGGCAAACAAACAUCCUCUGUACCUAUAACUGAUGAUGACAGGAAAGCAUCUGCAAAUGUUGGCCAGAAGGAGGCUGAUGAUUACAGGGAACACACAGAGACAGUUGACCUGUUCAUAUCUGAUGAUCAAAGAAUUGGGCAACAGAAUGUUGAAGAGAAGGAAGCUGGUUCACAUCAAGGAGGCAAACAAACAUCUUCUGUACUUGUUACUGAUAACAACAGGAAAGCAUCUGCAGAUGUUGACCAGAAGGAAGCUGAUGAUUACAGGGAACACACAGAGACGGUUGACCUGUUCAUAUCCGAUGAUCAAAGAAUUGGGCAACAGCAUGUCCAAGAGAAGGAAGCUGAUUUUCAUCAAGGAGGCAAACAAACAUCUUCUGUACCUGUACCUGAUGAUGACAGGAAAGCAUCUGCAGAUGUUGACCAGAAGGAAGCUGAUGAUUACAGGGAACACACAGAGACGGUUGACCUGUUCAUAUCUGAUGAUCAAAGAAUAGGGCAACAAAAUGUUGAAGAGAAGGAAGCAUCUGCAGAUGUUGUCCAGAAGGAGGCUGAUGAAUACAGGGAACACACAGAGACAGUUGACCUGUUCAUAUCUGAUGAUCAAAGAAUAGGGCAACAAAAUGUUGAAGAGAAGGAAGCUGCUUCUCAUCAUGAAGCCAAACAAACAUCUUCUGUACCUGUAACUGAUGACAGGAAAGCAUCGUCCCUUGUUGACCAGGAGGAGGCUGAUGAUUACAGGGAACACACAGAGACAGUUGACCUGUUCAUAUCUGAUGAUCAAAGAAUUGGGCAACAGCAUGUCCAAGAGAAAGAAGCUGAAUCUCAUCAAGGAGCAAAACAAACAUCCUCUGUACCUGUAACUGAUGAUGACAGGAAAGCAUCUGCAGAUGUUGAUCAGAAGGAAACUGAUGAUUACAGGGAACACACAGAGACGGUUGACCUGUUCAUAUCUGAUGAUCAAAGAAUAGGGCAACAAAAUGUUGAAGAGAAGGAAGCAUCUGCAGAUGUUGUCCAGAAGGAACCUGAUGAAUACAGGGAACACACAGAGACAGUUGACCUGUUCAUAUCUGAUGAUCAAAGAAUAGGGCAACAAAAUGUUGAAGAGAAGGAAGCUGCUUCUCAUCAUGAAGCCAAACAAACAUCUUCUGUACCUGUAACUGAUGACAGGAAAGCAUCGUCCCUUGUUGACCAGGAGGAGGCUGAUGAUUACAGGGAACACACAGAGACAGUUGACCUGUUCAUAUCUGAUGAUAAGAGAAAUUGGCAACAGCAUGUCAAAGAGAAAGAAGCUGCUUCUCAUCAAGGAGCAAAACAAACAUCCUCUGUACCUGUAACUGAUGAUGACAGGAAAGCAUCGUCCCUUGUUGACCAGAAGGAAGCUGAUGAUUACAGGGAACAUACAGAGACAGUUGACCUGUUCAUAUCUGAUGAUCAAAGAAUUGGGCAACAUAAUUUUGAGAAGAUAGCUAAUUGUCAUCAAGAAUCCAAACAAACAUCUUCUGUACCUGUAACUGAUGAUGACCAUUCUAAAGAUGACGAUUACAAGGAAGUCACAGAUUCAAUUGAUUUGUUCCUAUCUGAUUAUCGUAGAAGUUGGCAACAGAGUGUUAAGAAGAAACCUGAUACUCAGCAAGACACCACACGACCUGCAAAUGUACUUGUAUCUGAUGAUGACAAGAAUGCACCUCCAGGUGUUGACCAGAAGGAAGCUGAUGAUUACAGGGAAGACACAGAGACAGUUGAUUUCUUUAUAUCCGAUGAUCAAAGAAUUUGGCAACAGCAUGUUGGCCAGAAGGAAGCUGAUGCUCAUCAAGAAGCCAAACAAACGCCCUAUGUACACAUUACUGGAGAAGACAGGAAAGCAUUACUUGAUGUGUUUGAUUCUUAUAAUCACAGAGAGGAACCACAUAACACUGACUAUAAGGGUUUAAAUGUGAAGCGUGAAAACUCAGGCAGUCUAUUCCCCGAAAGAAGUUCUCAAGAAAACUCACAAUCACUCAUGAAAAGCAAAGCUGUGUUAGGAAAAAUCACUGAAAAUCCUUUGGCAAGAGCUGAUUUGAAGCAAGGAGCUAAAUCUAUUGAACCUGCCAAUAUUACAACCACUUGGGUUCAUGGCCGAAAUGCUGGAUAUAGCACGAGUUUACAGUUGGCAUUAGAGCUGAAUACAAAUGAUCCUGGUCAGAGGAAAGGUGAUACUGAUUCUACUUAUCAGAUGGACUCCAGUGACAGUCUUGUGCGUGAAAGAGCAUCAGUUGAAAAUGUGAAAACCAGCGAUAACAUUUCUCACCACGAUGCCCCUUAUUCUCAGCAUCAUAUUCUUUGUGAAACAAAUGGCACCAAAGGUGUGAAUGUAAAUCCCUAUAAUGCCACAAGUAACACUCAGUCCUUGCAACCAGAAGCAUCAGUUGUACGACUUGAGAAGACCAGAGAAGAACAUGUUUCAGAAUCAAACAAUGAAAUGACAAGUCCACAGAUGUCAGACAGACAUUUCUCUCAAAUGCCAUCCACUGAUUUUCUGAAGCCUGUAAUAUCUGGAUCAGAACCAAGUUUGUCAGUACAUAACACAAAAACAAAAGAGAACAGGUACCUUUUGGAACUAGUUUCGAACAUUGACAAUAUUGAAACUGAAACUGAAAGGAAAGCUUUACGUAAGGAAGUUAAAGAAGAAAUUAAGAAGCUGAAAUACAGGGAUCAGAGUGACUCUGCCAUAAGUUCUGACUACACUGACCUUGAGUCUUCAUCCCCACGAAGUAGCCAAAGUAAAGAACAAGACACACCAAAACAUAUCUACCAACAAGAACGUCAAGUUGGACAGACAUCACAUGAAACAUUGUCACCUGAAGACUACCUUACAUUAGUUUCCAAGGAUGAAGUACGGGAAAGGGCCUCACUGAAAGAUUCAGGGAAUGUGUAUGAUGCUGAUGAAGUAGAGUUGGGGCAAGGAGAAGGUAACUCAUGUGAGACUAGACACACAACAAGUAACAGCCCUGAGGUUCUAGUGCUGCAGUCAGUGGAAACAGGUACAACCAGUACCACCACCAGGGUUCACACUCAUAAUGGCCGACAAGGAGACAUGGAGGAUAAGCCACAUCCACUUUUGAACACAGGCUGUACAGAAAGAGAAAGCUCUAGCAUCACAACUGUUCAUGAUGGUGAGAGUGUUGAGAUAAAUCAAGGGGGAUAUGCAAUGUCCAAAGAAAAGUCUCUGUCAAUGUCAAAUAUCCCCAGUGAAAGCCCUGAGCCAGAACUUCCAGAACAGUCCUUAUCAUAUGAAUCUCUUUCUGCCGCGAAAGCAAUUGGAGACAGUGCACAUUCUUCUAGUGAGAGUUUAAUAUAUGUGUUUGUGCCAGGUAAGGAAACAGCUACUCCACAAGUAGAUGUACCAAGAUCAGCUACUGAAGUCAAAGAAACAACGAACAACUCCUACUUGCAUGAAACAGAUGCUGCAAUCCAAGUUCCAGUGGAAAGAUCAGCGCCAUCAGAGACAUUGCCUAAAUAUGAAGUAUCAGAAACUGUGCACAGAUCUCUCCCAGGAAUUAUAGAAGCAGUUGAUAACUACAAGCAGCCUCAAGAGGAGAAUAAGGAUGCUGUUCUUCCAACUGUUAUCCCUGUUGGUAGAGAUGAAAGUUACCACACAAAUAGUGUGAGAGAUCAGGAAAGAGAAAUUAGUUCUCAUGGACUUUCUGGAUUACAGCCAAGGCUGAUGCUGGGGCAGGCAGAAAGCAUGGAAACUAAUCCUUCCAUUGAUACCCAACAUGAAGAACUUGUUGAUCGGACAAUGCCGUCAUGUGAAAGUGUUGUAUGGCAACUAAAGACUCAAUCAAUGGCUGAAAAUUCAUCAAGACAUGCAACACAUAUCUCUGAGAUGAAUCCGCAAAGUGAAUGCAUUACAGACUUACAGAGACAUGCAAAAUUGAUAACAGAACAUAAUCAUUCUAACAGUUCUACACAAUCUCAACCUUUUCAAGAUAUUGGUGAACCUCCAAAUAAUUGGCAGCCAGUCUCAUCUCAGAAAUAUUCAUCUCAACAGAUAUCACAGUGUUCACAAAGAGAUCAAUCAUCUCUUACUGCCAUCCAUCAUGUAUCUCAGUGGAGUCAGACAUGCGUUUUGAAUGAGUGUAGUACUCAGACAGAUAACGUGGGAAGUAAUGUAAGUACUGCCGGAAUUCAAACCGAUGAAGAGAACAUUACCCCAGAUGUCUGCAUGAAGUCACAAACAUCACAAACAAAUGAGACAGUGAAAGGAUAUCAGCCACCUCCUACAUCUAAAUAUAUGGCAAGCAGAACAAUGAGACGUCAACCACCUCACCCACUGCCUCCUGAUGUAGGCUACCAGUAUCGAGACUUUUCGUCAGAUGAAGAAUACUAUGCCUUGACCAGGAGGGACUCAGGAUUUAGCUCCUUGGCCAACUCCCCAUCUGUUACCUCAUUUGCUUCCAGCAGAAGCUAUCUUUCCAGUGUAUCAACUCAAACAGAUAGCCUUGCUAUCCAUAGGACUAGCUCAGAAAAUCAAACACCCAUCAGAAAUCAGCUACAUUUUGAUAAUGAGAGUUCUGUGAGACAAGGACAGUUUUCCAGAAUACUUAAUACAAGCAAUGAAGAACACAGACUGGCAGUGUUUCAUGGACAGAGUCAGAAUACAGAUUCCUCUCCACAUGGUCAUAUUCAAAGACAAUAUCAGAAUGUGAGAUUGUGCGAUGCAUCUGCACAAACUGAUUCUUCUACUGGAGGUAAGAUGACUGACUCUGAAACCCAGACGUUAAGUGUAUCAGUUGAUCCUUUGAUGCAGAGAGGUACAGAAAGGGUUCAUCAGUACCAUGCAAGGCCACAGCAUAUGAACUAUCAACAACAGCAUUCAGGAGAAGCAAGACUAGAUCUAAUUAACUACAGAACGGUCGAAGGUGUAUCACUGAGAAGACCAUCACAACAAUAUGACAUGACAGAAACAUACAGCCAAACUGGCACUAGAUCACAUUCAAUCAUUACACAAACUGAUAGCACAUCACUAAGCCAGCAUGGUCAAAAUAUGUCUACCAAUAGGACAUACAGUUUAGCAAGAGGUUUGCCAAUGUUCUCCGAUGUUCAUUCCCCGUUGACAAGCAGUGCUCAAACAGAUUCAGAACUCUUCCACCCCAGUGAUGAGGAGGAGGAUGGAAAAGUCCAACGAUCUGCCAUGAAGGAUGCCUCUGUGUCUGCAGACUUUACACAUCAUGACAGUUUGACAAGAGGUUCAAGUAUGUUCUCUGAUGUUCAUGCCCAGUUGACAAGCAGUGCUCAAACAGAUUCAGAACUCUACCACCCCAGUGAUGAGGAGGGGGAUGGGAAAGUCCAACGAUCUGCCAUGAAGGAUGCCUCUGUGUCUGCAGACUUUACACAUCAUGACAGUUUGACAAGAGGUUCAAGUAUGUUCUCCGAUGUUCAUGCCCAGUUGACAAGCAGUGCUCAAACAGAUUCAGAACUCUUCCACCCCAGUGAUGAGGAGGAGGAUGGGAAAGUCCAACGAUCUGCCAUGAAGGAUGCCUCUGUGUCUGCAGACUUUACACAUCCUGACAGUUUGACAAGAGGUUCAAGUAUGUUCUCCGAUGUUCAUGCCCCGUUGACAAGCAGUGCUCAAACAGAUUCAGAACUCUUCCACCCCAGUGAUGAGGAGGAGGAUGGGAAAGUCCAACGAUCUGCCAUGAAGGAUGCCUCUGUGUCUGCAUACUUUACACAUCAUGACAGUUUGACAAGAGGUUCAAGUAUGUUCUCUGAUGUUCAUGCCCAGUUGACAAGCAGUGCUCAAACAGAUUUAGAACUCUUCCACCCCAGUGAUGAGGAGGAUGGGAAAGUCCAACGAUCUGCCAUGAAGGAUGCCUCUGUGUCUGCAGACUUUACAGAUUAUGUUUGUGUUGGUGUACAAACUGAUGAGGAACAGGAGUCAUCAUCCACAGAGAUGUUACCGCACUUGCUACAGACAGAUGAAGAUAUCAAAACUCAACAUUAUGAAAAUCAUUCAGUGGAGAGUCAACAAAAUUUGGAACAUGCUAAAAAUCAUGUAACUACAACCGGUGUUUGUGUCCGGACAGAAGAGGAGGAUGCACGUAUGGAGAAAUUAUAUGACACAAGAACCAGUGUUCAAACAGAAAGUGAUAUAUGUGAUACUGAAACGCUUGUAUAUUCUGAAAAUAGGAUUUCUCUUGUGAACGGGAACAGUGAAACAGAUUUGCCAGAAGUCGUGGCCAAUGUUUCCGGUUCAGGACCUAGUUUUCAACGUGAGGUUAAAUCACCUGAAACCAGGAAGCUGAAUCUAAUAGAAGGAAGAAAUUCAGAACCUGCACUUCAAACAAAUCCUGGUUCAUUUACAGAUGAGGAAUCUCCACAAGAUACUUUUACUGAAAGGGGUUGCAUAACAAAUGUACAGAGUGAUGAAUUAUCACUUCCAUCAGUGCUAACAACUGUAGGAAAAGACAUUGAUGGGCUUAGAAGAGAACAUUCGCGGAUGAUGGAUCUUCUGGAACGUUCACGGGAAAAAUCCACAACACUAUCUCCCAAAUCAAGAGGGUCUCCACCAUCCUCCUCUUCAAGCAGCAUGUCUCCAGUUACUGUCAUUGAACAAGGUGGUUCCAACAAUGGCAGCAUGGAAGGCAGUCCACCAGACACUCAGAGAGAUAGGCCGGCACACACUGAUGAGCGAGAACCACAACUAAACCGGGAAGAAAUACUGAAGGCAUUAGAAGUUGAGGACCUUACUCUAAGAAUAGGCACUGCAACAGAACAAGCCUAUAACAGUCAGAGGACCAGCUUUGAACAGGAAAAUAUGGAGAGAAAAAGUGUUUUGCCAUCAUCAGAUUCUUCAGAUAACUAUUUUGGUACAGAAACACACAUGAACAAGAAUAACAGCAGUGAAAAUGGCAGUGAAAACAGACAAUUGUGUGUACUACCAUCAGAUACGACUGAAUCACAAAUCUUGAAUGCUAACAUCAGUGAAACCACACAGACUCCUGAACCUGUGACAGUAAGUGACUGCUCACAAACUCCACAUCCACGUGCAAGUGCAACACAGACAACCCAUAGCUUUAAUUAUUUGAACCACCAUAGCCAUCCUCAGAUUCAUAUUAAUGUAAGCGAUGAUGUUGUGGAGGACAUUCUCAGUGACAACUCGACCACGCCCUGUAUGUCACCGUCAACCAUGCCGGAGAUAAUUGAUGAUGAUAGCUAUCUGUCAGCCAGUGAUAGUCCAUCACACACCACUAGCAGACCAAGCAGGAGUUAUGUGAGCACCGGAGUGGAGGCAUGUGUGGAUAGUUCUGAUGAGUUCACACAGACAGAUUGUGAAGAUUCCACCUUUGACUCCAGCUUCAGCAGUGACAGAUGUCGUCAGGUGUCUGUGAAGUCAACAUCAACAGACUCCGUUAGAAUUCAGUCGGAACUAGAGAGACUUGAAAGGGAAAGAAUAGAAAUCAUUGAACUGCUCUCACUGAAUUACUUGCCCUCGAGCCUCACUGUGGAGCUACUGGAAGCUAAGAUGAACUAUUGCAUUGGACAGACCGAUAUGUUGCUUGCCUCCCUGGAAGAUUCGUGGGAGAAAGAGUAUGUUGAACUUACAGCAAGUAAUGCUGGUCUGAGCAGAGUCACCAAAGAAUAUGUCUCCAACUACAGGCAGCAAUUCAAAGAGUCAAGACGGGAAAUGGAAGCUGCUAUAGAAACAAAGCAGCGUCUGAAGUCUCGAGGCCGGGGGAGGAGGAAGGCUCGAAACAGUGACAUUGUAAAGAUGAAAAGGAGAGCUGAGAUUGAAUCAUUCAAACUGGAGAGAUUACGGGAACAGGAAAUGUAUCAGAGAACUCGCAGCUACAGUCCUCUAAAGCCACACACAUCUGGGGCAACAGAGAGAGGACGGAGUUCUCCGAGCUUUGAGCAGUCAGCGCCAGAAUUUACCCCCAAUUAUAUGACACCAAAACAGCGCAAGAGGCACCUUGUUGGCCUCAGGAAGAAAAUUGUAGCAGAAUCAGAGGAUGAGCUUCAGCAAAUCAAAUCAAGAUCAGUAUCCCCAAUAUCAGAUUACUACUUAACUGAAUCCCGGUACUCUCUGAAUUCAUCUCGAGAAUCCAGCUUCUCUCCCGAUAGAACCCUGUGCCCUUCAAUGUACAAUCAUCAUGGCUACAGUGUGCCUAGAACAAACGACACAAGGGACAUUUAUUUGGAAUCAAUGUCCAGACACCACAGUACUGGUUCCCUCUACAGUCACAACAGUUACCGCGAUACCAGUGUUUACUGUCCCCCCUCCCGGAGUGUGUCAGCCGCCCAGAUCAUGUCAAAUGGUGUUGACCCAGAUCAACUGAUAGAGGAAACUGCCAUCAUCAGACAGCUGAACCAGAGGCAGAUUCUGGAGGCGCAGUCUUCACUGAGGCAGCUGGAAGCCAGGCAGAGGCUCAUGUCAGUGCCAAUGACCAGCUCACCCCGUUCCUCAUCGGCUUCCUUUUCUGUCUUGAAUACACCGCAGAGAGCUGGCAGUAACAACAGGAGCAUCACACAGGAGGCCAUAGAUGAUGAGAUCCAGAGCAUGAGAGAGGAACACAGCCGGUCCUCUGGCAGUCCUGAUCUCAUGGAUAACAGUUCUCGAUAUGACUCCCAGUAUGCAUCACUACAAUCGUCCUUCAGUAGCUAUGCUGCCUAUGCCAGGGACCACCUGGCUCGGAGUGAGCGGCGGAUCCAGACCAUCAUCCACCCAGUCCCCGGCUGUCCACCAUCACCAUCACCUCACAUCUCGCCUUGGGACAAUCAGGGAAGCCGGCGCCAGUCCCUCUCCCCGGCCCCCUCCGUAGUCAGUGACCUGCAUGCCUCUACUGAGUCCCUGGCAGAGUCUUCCUCCACCAGCUUUAUGUCCUUUGCUUCCAACAUCUCCACCAGCGAUGAGAAUAGGUACUCUCGGAGCAGACCAAUCAGUUCCAGGGAUGUCAAAGCCAAGAUUUACAGGCGGACCAGGAGGUGUAUAGACUGA